AUGGAGCUAGCAAUAUGCCGACGCCUCCUCUCUCGAUCAGGCAACGAUCGCGAGGCGAUACAAGAAAGCAUCUCGCUGUUGCAGGAAGCCUUUCCCUGUAUUCCUUGCGAGUCCCCAAAUAAAUCGGUUUGUUGCAACAGCCUCGCACUCUCGUACCUUACGCUGUAUGGCGCAUCUGCCGAGAGAUCAGACCUUGACCACGCCAUCAGCCACCUCCGCGAGGCUACGGGGAUGCCUGUGUCCUGCCCUUCCCUGACCGCAGUCUUUACCAAUAACCUAGCAUCAGCCCUCCAAACACGACACGAAAAAUACGGUGACAAGCCCGAUCUAUUGGCGGCUAUUGCUCUCUUUACUGCCGCAUCGCAUCAUAACGCUUCCCCUCCUUCCAUUUCCUUCCAAGCUGCUUGGAGCCGCGCGAAAUGCGUCAAGAUGCUUAACGAACAACCAGCACUUCCUCUAUUUCAAGAGGCCUUAAGAAUGGCUCAACGAAUCAUGUGGUCGGCUCUUCGCGAUUACGCUGCUCAAAGUCUUAUUCUGGAUGUAAUCACCUGCGCACACAUGGCCGCGAGUGAAGCUCUUAUUGCAGGCGAUAUCUGGACCGCCAUAGAGUGCUUCGAACAAGGCUGCUCCACGUACUGGGUCGACGGAUUGACCAUUCGCUCGCUGUUCUUCCCCGUCGAUGCAGAAGUAGUCCGCGCUAAGGAGUCCGCUCAAGCCUUGGAGGUAUUUGGACUUCCCGAACCCAUAGGUACCAUAUCUUUCGAUGAAGAUAUAAUCACCUUCCCAUCCGAUGUGGUUGGGCAAAUAAAAGACUACGACACCGUCAUGGCUCCCAUGCUCAAGCAAAAGGCCACAUGGAAGUCGAAAGCCGAAGCCGCCUGUCGAUCCACUGGGAUCUUCGGUCAACUCGACGGACGGGUGGUCAUGAUCAAUGCCUCACCUACCAGCUGUGACGCCAUCCUCAUACAGCCAAACUCAGAAAAACUUACCUCUGUUGUACAUCUUCCCAUUGAAUAUUCGACUCUUUACGAACUCGCCACAGCCACAAGGCUUGAAUGGGGGUCAACUGAGGAUUCCAAAAUCAAAGCGAUUUGUCAGAACAUCUGGGAUGGUAUAGCUCUGCCUGUUGUCACCGCCCUUCAGUUGACGGAGGCGGAUGAUCCUCCACGCAUUUGGUGGUGUUCGCCGGGACCGAUAUGUGAUCUUCCAAUCCAUGCUGCAGCAGAUUAUACUGCUGAUCCGCCUAGGUAUCUCACCAGUUACCUUGUUUCCUCGUACAUCCCCUUCUUGAGUAUGUAUUCGGAGCCCGUGCAACAGACCAGAGAUCUCCCUCCAAAAGUCGUAUUUCUCCAACCUCCACGAAGUUUAUUCGACCGACCAGCGGAAAAGGAGAUCGACUCGGUCAGGAGCACCAUCCCUGAACAAAACUUUCAUUUAGUGCCGCCAGCGACAUUGCCUGACAUAAUCUCCGAGCUGCGAAAUUGUACCGGCAUACAUAUCACUUCUCGUGCAGAACAGAGACACACAGAUCCAGCGGAUUGCCGUUAUGUACUCCCUGGCGAUGUUCACCUACGCCUGUCAGAUCUCCUUGCUGAGACAACGGUACCUCCAUUCGCAUUUCUCUCUGCACAUCCUGAAUCGAACUAUUAUCCGAAACCCACAUGUCGACUACCUCAGGACAUGUUGACCGUCGGGUUUGCUUCCACCGUAGCGGCUUACGGGCCUAUCUCUGACGAGGAAGCUCCAAUCGUCUCGUCUCGCUUCUAUUCGGAGCUCCUCAAACUCGGAGGUCUUGACUUCCGGUUUGCCGCAAAAGCACUCCAUAGAACAAUGAUCGCCUUAAGAGAGUCGGGUGAGGUAAGCAUGAGUGCAUGGUCAAUGAAUAUGCAUGCUGGGCUGUAG